AUGGCCAGCCACCACAAGUUAUGUCUCGCCUUUGACAACAAACUCUUCUUCGCGCCAUUACGCAACCCGCAAAAGGUUCUAGACGUAGGCACAGGAACAGGCAUUUGGGCCAUGUACGAAAACCGCGUUUGUCACGAUAGCCGCAUGUUUACACCGACGCGCGAUACUAACCUCGUAGUCAGUGAUUUCGCAACCGAGUUCCCCGAAGCCGAGGUAAUUGGGACUGAUCUCUCGCCGACGCUGCCUAAUUGGGUGCCGCCAAACUGCGUCUUUGAACUAGACGAUGCCUCGCAGGAGUGGACGUUUCCAGACAACACAUUCGAUUACAUACAUAUCCGCUUCAUGGCAGGUUGCUUCAAGGACUGGACAAGGUUAUAUAGUGAAUGCUUUCGGUGCCUCAAGCCAGGCGGCUGGUUGGAGCACCAAGAAUGCGGAUUCCGAGUCGUAUCAGACGACGGGUCCCUGCCGCCGGAUAACGCCUUCAACGAGGCGGCAAAUCUAUUUGCCGAGACGGGCAGGAGGUCAGGCCACACUACUGAAGUCAUCGACGACGAUAAUUGGAUCAGGUGGAUGGAGGAGGCUGGGUUCCGCGAUGUGCAGAAAAAGGCUAUCAAGACGCCCAUGGGUGAGUGGCCGGCUGAUAAGAAGUGGAAGGAGGUAGGGCUGUUCAAUAGAAUAACUACCGAGACGGCGCUGGAAGGCUACUUUCUGUACAAAUUGACCAGGGUUAUGGGUUGGGAGUAUGCCGAGGUGCAGUCGUGGCUGGCAAGAGUUCGAGAGGCGUUGAGGAAUAAGGCUUACCAUGGCUAUUCUACGUGGUGA